CUGGAUAUAAAACUGGCAGCUUAGUACAUCCAGAGAUCACCUUCUACAUCCUCACAAACUUAGAAGAGUUUUAUCUUUAUUAAUAUUUUAGAGCUAAAACAAGUGUCAGAUGAUCCCUAAGUCUAUUAUAAGCAAAACGGAAGUAUUCAAUGAAUAACAGGACAAAAAUAGGUCGUCUACAAGUCGCGUAGAAAAAUCGCGGGAGGUACCUAAUUGAAAAAUUGCUACACUCGGAACUUUUGCCGUUGUGCUCUUAAAGGUCAAAGGAAACACUCGUCUCUUACGUUCAAUGUAAAGAUUUUUUUUUAAUUAAAAUGUCUGAAAAACUCAGUGUUUCCGAAGUUCGGGCGACCUAUCAACAUUUCUCAUGGAUGGAUUAUUCCGUGUUUGUUAUUAUGUUGGGUAUUUGUGGUGGUGUUGGUAUCUAUUUCGGUUUUAUUAAUAAACAAAAAUCAGCGCAAGACUAUUUGAUGGGUGGUAGAAAUAUGUCACUUCUUCCCGUUUGCUUCUCUCUUGUAGCAAGUUUUAUUUCAGGAAUAUCCCUUUUGGGCAUCCCAACAGAACUUUACGUAUUUGGUACUUCCUACGUUUUCAAUAUUAUUGGUGCCCUGGUUAUGUCAAUUGUCAUAAGUUAUACAUUUAUUCCGGUAUUACACGAGUUAAAUCUAACAUCAGCUUACGAAUAUUUGGAAUUACGUUACGAUAAGAGGAUAAGAGUUUUUGGAUCAGUUCUCUUCACCGUUUAUUUGAUGGCCUGGCUCCCCAUUGUUAUUUAUGUUCCUGCUUUGGCGUUCAAUCAAGUGACUGGUGUAAAUAUACACAUAGUUUCCCCGAUCGUGUGUCUUGUUUGCAUUUUUUAUACAUCAGUGGGAGGCUUAAAAGCCGUAGUAUGGACAGACGUUUUUCAAACUAUAGUUAUGAUUGGAGCAAUGUUUUUAGUAAUUAUUAAAGGAACGAUAAACGUUGGCGGUUUUCAGGAAGUAUUAAAAAGAAAUUGGAAUAGUGGGAGAAUAGAACAUCCACCUUUCAGCUUUGACUUAACAGAAAGACAUUCAUUUUACGCUGUCACGAUUGGAUCUUCCUUUUAUUGGAUCGGAAAUAUAGCAGUCAACCAAUCUAUGAUGCAACGAUUUUUGUCAUUGCCAGAUUUAAGAUCAUCCAAAAAGGCGGUGUGGGGAUUUCUUUGUGGAGUUUUUUUAAUUUUAAUUUUGUGUGGAUAUAGUGGUUUGUUGGCAUAUGCUCGUUAUUAUGACUGUGAUCCGUUGAACUCGAAACUGGCUCUAGCAAAAGACCAGCUAUUGCCAUUGUUAGUAAUGGAUAUUUUGGGUGAUUGGAAUGGUAUACCAGGAGUGUUUGUUGCUGGAGUAUUUAGUGCUGCUCUUAGCUCUUUAUCAACUGGUCUUAAUUCCAUGGCUGCUGUAGUUUUGGAAGAUUUUUGGAAACCUUUUUUUAAAGAUUUAAACCAAAAACAUACACAGAUAUUAAUACGUGCAGUUGUUGUCAUACUUGGAUGCAUUUGUGUGGGCUUGGUGUUCGUUGUAGAAAUGUUAGGCUCUGUCUUACAAUUGACAAUAAGCUUAUCAUCAGCUUCGAUGGGACCACUUGCUGGGAUAUUUCUAAUGGGACUUUUUCUACCUUUUAUAGAUGGAACUAGUGCUCUUACUGGUGGAUUCAUUGGUUUGACGUCCGCUUGGUGGGUCGCGGCGCAGUCGCAGCUUGCGCAAGUGCAAUCAUUACUUAUAUUCAAAGAGAAGGAAAGAUUUACGUUCAAUUGCACGUAUGACUUCGAUUUAUUACCAUCUGUCUCCGAUCAAGAAAGUGUAGUGCCGUACAUUUAUCGCAUAUCUUAUUUAUGGUUUACGGCUUUUGGUUGUAUGAUCACAGUUUUGGUAGCAUGUCUGGUUAGUCUAAGGCCCCAGAAAAGAGUUUCUAUUGAAGCGAAGUUAUUCGCGCCGUGUUUGAGACAUUGGAUAUCGGGGAAAAGGAGAGUAGAUGAAUUGGAUAUGAAGCGAUGAGGUGACAGAUAAAUGAAAUAAACAAGUUAUAAAAAUAUUAUUUUUAUUAAUUUCUAUCCUUACAAUUUAAAAAGGAAAUUCUGUACCCGUAUUUACCCUAAAUAUUCCUGACCUGUAAAGACAAAAACACACAAUUAAUCAAAGCAUAAAAAUUUAAAAAUCAACAAUUGUUAUGUUUUCAGUUAUUUAUAAACUCUUUUCCAUGAAAUGGUCACCUCAAUAGAUUUGCUUUUACAUUUCUACCUCAAAUAUUUACCUUGA